GGACACACAGGGAGCACUUAUACAAUAUCUGAAAAACACAGGGUUGUAUAGUAGAAACUCGGUUGUGUUUUUAGUUAAUGUAAAGUACUGUUUGACUCAUAUGCAUGUUCAGGAUGAAUUAAAACCAUGAACCAUGAACCAUGAACCAUAUCGCCCGUAUUGCAACUCCAAUACAGUAGGUGGCGGUGUGCACAUUUACAGUCAUGGCUGCAACCCGCCAUUAACCCAAAAGAAGAAGACGGCGGGCUGAUCGAUGGUUGUGGAUUUCCUGAGCUCCAGACAGAGCCCACGAAACGAACGUUGAAUGUGGAGCAUUGGAGCGCUAUCUGAAGUGAAGAUAGAAGAUGGACCACUGCUAUGCUAAGAUGGCGACGUCCAGUCAAAGAGAAGGUGGAAGAGAAUCAACGCAACAAAUUCCCAGCAAAUCAUCAACGGAGAAAAAGCCCCAAACUGCAGAUAACGACAUCCAGCAGAUGAUUGGUCAUCAAGAAGAACACCUCUCUCGGCUGCAGGGCAGGAGCUCCACUUUGAAACAGAAGGAGCCACAUCCCCCCCACAUUAAAGAGGAAGAUGAGGAGUUCUGGACCACUCAGCAGGGAGAGUGUCUCCUUGGGCAGGAUCUCACCAAGUUGCCACUGACUGGUGUCUCUGUGAAGACUGAAGACCAUGAAGACAAACCACCUGAGUCCUUACGUUGGUUGUGUCCUUCACACAUUCAGCAGAUGAUUGGUCAUCAAGAAGAUCGUCCUCCUCAGCCGCAGUGGGGGAGCUCCACUUUGAAACAGGAGGAGCCACAGCCCCCCCACAUUGAAGAGGAAGACGAGGAGUUCUGGACCACUCAGCAUGGAGAGUGUCUCCUUGGGCAGGAUCUCACCAAGUUGCCACUGACUGGUGUCUCUGUGAAGACUGAAGACCAUGAAGACAAACCACCUGAGUCCUUACGUUGGUUGUGUCCUUCACACAUUCAGCAGAUGAUUGGUCAUCAAGAAGAACGUCCCCCUCAGCCGCAGUUGGGGAGCUCCACUUUCAAGCAGGAGGAUCUCCAGCCUCCCUAUGUAAAACAGGAAGAGGAGGAACUCUGGGUCACUCAGGAGAGACAGCUUCCUCUAGGGUCGGAGGAGGCUGAGCUCACCAAGUUGCCACUGACUGGUUUCUCUGUGAAGACUGAAGACCAUGAAGACAAACCACCUGAGUCCUUACGUUGGUUGUGUCCUUCACAUGUCCAGCAGAUGAUUGGUCAUCAAGAAGAACGUCCCCCUCAGCCGCAGUGGGGGAGCUCCACUUUGAAGCAGGAGGAUCUCCAGCCCCCCUGUGUGAAACAGGAAGAGGAGGAACUCUGGGUCACUCAGGAGAGACAGCUUCCUCAAGGGUCAGCGGAGGCUGAUCUCACCAAGUUGCCACAGACUGGUUUCUCUGUGAAGACUGAAGACCAUGAAGACAAACCACCUGAGUCCACACAGCUUCAUCACAGUCCAAGUGAGGAGAACAGAGGCAGCACCAGCUCACAACACAUGACAACAGAGGCUGAUGGAGACCACUGUCGAGGAUCACAAGCAGACAGCCUUGUAGCUCCACGAUCAGAUAGUGACGAGUCCGACACAACAUCACACUCUUCUGAGGAUGAAGACUCAGACGACAGCCAAGAACCUUUGAGCAGCGAUACAGACUGUGAAGGUGAUAUGAGGACUCACACUGACAACAAAACCUCUGAAUGCUCUAAAAAGGAGACAGGUAGAAAACAAUUUAGUUGCUCAUUAUGUGUGAAAAGCUUUUCUUCAAAGUGGGGUUUGACUCAACACAUGCUGACGCACACAGGAGAAAAGCCUUUUAGUUGCUCAGUGUGUGCAAAAACCUUUUCUUGGAAGUGUUAUUUGAGUCGACACAUGCGGGCGCACACAGGAGAAAAACCCUUUACAUGCUCAGUUUGUGCUAAAAGCUUUUCAAGGAAGUGGUGUUUGACUCAACACAUGCGGACCCACACAGGAGAAAAACCAUUUAGUUGCUCAGUGUGUUUCAAACGGUUUACUUAUAAAUCUGAUGUAACUCAACACAUGCCAAUACACACAGGAGAAAAACCCUUUACUUGCUCAGUGUGUGAGAAAAGCUUGUCUUCCAAGUGUCAUUUGACUCGACACAUGCGGACGCACACUGGAGAAAACCCCUUCAGUUGCACAGUGUGUGCUAAAAGGUUUUCUUCGAAGUAUCAUUUGACUCGACACAUGCGGACACACAAAGCAAACCCUUCAGUUGCUAAGUUUGUGGUCAUAACUAUUCUUGCAAAACCAGUUUGACUCAUCACAUGACACACGCAGGAGAAAAACCUUUUGGUUGUUCUGUUUGUGGUGAAAGAGUCUUUCAAAAGUCACAUAUGGUGUCACACAUAAGAAAGCAAUGAGGAGAAAAACUCUUUGGUUGCAUAGUAUGUGCUUAAAGCUGUUUUUUGAAGUGUCUCUUGACACCACACGUGGUAUGCCACCAGAGGGCGCUCAUGAGCUCCCUCUGGUGGCAUGGCUGCCAUUGCCCAAUUAACUGCUCUGCUGGGGGUAAUGCAUUAUGGGUAAAAGUUAAAAUAGCUGUUUAUUUUAGUCUCAUUUUGGUACUUAUCUUGUAUAUUUACUUUUGAGUGUCAAGUUGCUGUGUGAUGAUGUUAGUCUUCUUUGUAAGAUGACACCUUGAGUCAGACUGUUAUAUUGAGUAUUGACCUCCUGCGAUUUCCAAUUGGUUGGCAGGCUCGUUAUGAGUUUUCUCACAACUUAUUGGCCCCUGUCAAUAAAGAGCUGCCUGGUGCGAGCCACGAUAUGACAUUUUAUUUUUCUUUCUAAAUUUAGAGGUUUUGGCUUAAAGACUGGUGUGACUUAUACACCGGAAAUGACGGUACAUGCAAAAAAUAUUUAAUACAUAUAUAAGGCGCAACGUAUUAUUGGGUGCAGGCAGUCAAACAUACGGGCGCUCAAUAGUCAGUGAGGAAGCGCUAGUGCUUUAUUUCUGUGGACAGAUUAAGAACAGAUCUCUCAUACAGUUUAUCAAACCCACUGGACAUCGUGGAAGGUCAUCGCUCAACACAAAAGUCUCAGUCAUGGUGUACAACUAAAAACAUCACACAGCAGUGGAGCAGAUAGACAAAAACAGACAAGACACUACCGCUAUUUGUGCAGAACAAUAACUAACAACUAUGUAGCUCAAACAUGUAACUUUAAGAGCAUUUGCACCAAAACACUACCGCAAAGUACGCUGGAGAACAGGACAUGCUCCCAGCGAUGCUACAAUACGCUAGAAUGCAUGCAUGCUAAAACAUAAACUAGCAUGCAUGCUAUCGUAUGUUUUUCAAAAGGCAGCGGGAGCAAAACUGAGUUCGGUUGUACUUUAUUGAAGUACUUAAUGUACUCACGUAAUUUUUGAUCAAUCCUCAUCCACAAAUCCAUCAAAGUCCUCAUCUUCUGUAUCCCAAAUGAACAGCGGGGUAAAUUCUCCAUCAAACACGCCAGGUUCCCUCUCGUCAUUGUCAGAGUCAGUCUCGUUGCCGUGCGGCUCCUCAGAAAUGAUGCUGGCUUUUGCGAAAGCUCGAACAACAGUGCAAGCAGACACGUUAGCCCAAGCAUACACAAUCCAUUCACAAAUUGUGGCGUAACUCAUCCGGCGCUGCCUCCCAGUCUUAGUGAAGCUGUGUUCGCUAUUUGUCAUCCAUGGCGUUCCCUUCGUCAAGCCUCCCGGAAUGAUGGCAAGCUCCAAGUUCAUUUGCUGCACUUGGUUUUUCACAGGGGCUGUGAGAUGGGCACGCAUGGAGUCACAGAUCAGCAGGGACGGUGACGCGUGGGGAAAAAAAAUCCGGUGUCUUUCCGUACACGUCACUCAGCCACUCAGCCAUUUCCUCCUCAUCCAACCAGCCCUUUUGAUUGGUCUCAACAAUGACUCCGGCUGGAAAACUUUUCUUUAGGUAGCCUCUUCCUCUUAAAAAUCACCAUAGGUGGCAGUUUCUGUCCAUUACCAUAGCAACCAAGCACAACAGUAAAAGCCGACUUCUCAUACCCCGUUGUGUGUAUCGCUACCGUGCUGGUCCCCUUUUUCUCUACAGUGUGGUUCACUGUGAUAUCGAAAGUGAGCGGCACCUCACCUCGUCCAUGUUGGAGAUGUGGUUGGGCUGGAUGUGUUUGUCGGGAUUUUGUUUUACUGCAGUAGGAGUUACUGCGCCACGGUAGUCCUUGCCCGGAUCGAUAGAUGGCACCAUUUCGUUGCUCUUCAAUUCUCUUGCGGCUGUUCCCAUGUUCCCAUGUUCUUCUGCAUAACUGAUAGCUUGCAGUUUAAACUGUGCUUCAUAAGCCUGUCUCUUUGUAGGUGGCAUUUUCGAGAGUCCUUAGCCAAACCGAUGUUGUUUUGCACAAUGCACAAACUGGCACUAAAUACGACCUACUGGGGGCGUGCCUUUAGCGUCCUCUUUCGCACCCAGCCUUACCCCUUUAACGUCCACAUGCUGUCCUCAGUCACAUCUGCCUUUCGUCUAUAUGAGUAGCAUGUUGGCAGGAAAUGCUUCCAGUCAGUCAAGCGGAACGCUCAUCAAAGUAACACAAUAACAUUAACAGAUUUUUGGAACUUGGUGCACACACAAGGCGCACCACAUUAUAAGGCGCCCCGUCCAUUUUUGGAGAAAAUGUAAGACUUUUAAGUGCGCCUUAUGGUCGUGAAAAUACGGUAGUGUGUCAUUGGAACUAUAAUGUGAAACUGUUGACAAUAAACCAAUGUACUUCAUAAAGCAGAUCGGGCUCUGGGCACAAAAAAAGGUGCAUGUUGACACUUUAAAUCAGGGGUGUCAAACUCAAAUUUACAGUGGGCCAAAAUUUUAAGUUGAACAAAUGAACCUUUUUAGUAUGGAACCAUUUGUUCUGAUUUAACAAUGAAUAUUGAACAAGCAAGGCUUAUAUAACUUAAAUAUACAGGUGUGCAAAAUCGAGUUGCUAAUACUACUAAUAAUAACAAUAGUAGUAAUAAUAAUAAUAAUAAUAAAACAUAUCAAUGGCAUAUUAAAUAAAAUUUAAAUAAAAAUUGAACACCUCCUUUCUAUUUGCAGCCUUCUGAGAUAAAUGUCAAAAUUAGCUUCUUACACAGGCUAAUAAUUUUGAAAAUAAAAAACAUAACUGUGAAUAAAUCAACCAUUCAGGCCUUGGAGUAGCAAGAAAAAGUGCAUAGAAAAUGUAUUUACUGCUCAUUUUGCGACACAAUGAUCUACUCUGAUGUGCCCAAGCCAGACACCUGGCAUCUUUUCUUGGGUGUCGGGGCUCAGGGUUUGAGCUGAGGAAACCUUCAUUAUCGAACAAAGGUGUUCGUCAGUCAGACGUCUCCUGUGACGUUUUCAUCAUCUUCAUUGAGGAGAAAAGUUGCUCACAUAACUAAGUGCUACCAAACAUGGAGAGCAAUUGAGCAGCUUCAGUGCGGAGCUGAGGCAUCGUGUCAGGGAUGAACUGCGGAAACUGUGCGGCCCCGACAGCAUCAAACUUUGACUUCAGCGUUGCAUUACGCUGGAGUUCAAUCAGCUCCAUCUGGAGCUUGGUUGGUGCUUUUUCCACAUCAACUGCGAAGUGAUUACUAAGCAGAUCAAAUCAAAGUUUCUGGACAUCAAAGUCGCCAAAUCGCCGGCUAAACUCAGCGCCAAGCACACUGAGCUUUUCAGCAAACUGUGCACACACGGCGGUAGAGAUGUGCGUUUUUAUGGUUUGGCAGCAGGGGAAAUGGCCAAAGUGCGCUUGUAGCAUCUGCUUCUCCCACAGGCACAUCUUAGUUGUAAAAGCUCUCACUGACGAAUACAUAUCUGUGAUGAUGCAGCUGUAGGUUCAGCGCAUUGAGGUGGCUUAAGAUGUCACACAGAAAGGCGAGCUCACACAGAAACUUUUGCUCCCGGAGCUCUGCUGUGUCCUUCCCUUUGCUUUUCAGAAACUGACAUAUUUCUUCACACAGUUCGAAAAAUCUGUACAGCACUUUUCCGCGGCUUAACCAUCUCACCUCUGUGUGAUACGACACAUCUGUGUGUUCUGAACCACACUCUUCCAGAAAACACUUAAACUGCCAAUGAUUGAGACCUUUGGCUCUAAUGAAGUUAACAACUUGUGUUACUUUGCUCACAACAUCCUCCAUCUUUAGCGCUUUACCACACAAGGAUUCCUGAUGUAAAAUGCAGUGAUAAACAGACAGUUCACCCGCACAGUUCUCUUCAAGCAUCUUUUCACGAACCCUGCCCACCAGUCCAUUCUUUUUACCACUCAUCGCUGGCGCACCAUCAGUGGCAGGUUUAUCUCACUGACACAUUUGCGAACCUCCUCAAAGAUUUCUUUCCCUGUGGUUGUGCCAUGCAUGGAUUUAAAUCCCAAAAGCUCCUUCGUAACACAGAGAUUUGAGUCCACGCCGCGGACGAAGACUGACGGCUGCGCAGUAUCCAACGCGUCAGUGCUCUCAUCCACAGCAAGGGAAAAAUAAACAAAAUGUUUUCCCUUCUCCAUCAACUGGACAUGUAGAUUGGUGGCAAGCUCGCAUGUGCGCUCAGCUAUUGUGUUUCUGCUCAGGCUUACGUUUGCAAAGGCUUGCUUCUUCUCUGGGCACACUUGGUCACAAACCUUCAUCAUGCAUUUUUUUACAAACUCUUCCUCGUUAAAGGGUCGAGCUGAUUUGGCGAUUUCUUCUGCCACGAUAUAACUUGCCUUUACAGCAGCCUCACGUGUUGUAGCUUUUGUGAACAUUUUCUGCCGUGAAAACAAAGCUCUUUUCAUUUCCUUUACCUUCUGGCUCCUUUCAGUCGUGUCCAUGUCCUUAUAUUUGUCCUGGUGUUUUGUUUCAUAGUGUCGUCUAAUAUUGUACUCCUUGGUCACUGACACGUUGGCUCCACAAACAAGACAAAAAGGUCUGUCUUUUCCAUAUGUAAGCAGAUAUUCCGUCUCCCAUCUGUCCAAAAAAGUUCUAUUUUCUGCCCUUUUUGCCAUUUCUUGGUAGGGUAACACAGUGACAGCUGUAGUUUGAGGUUGCAGUGUGGUCCGGGGGAGAGGAGUCCACCGGGGGUUUUAGCCGAAGGAGUGUGCACGAAGACGGAUCACUACCUUCUUAAUACAUCCAUGACCGCUACCAUAGACGCUACUGACACAGAGGAGGGGGCGUGUCUGCCUCUGUCGCGUUGUUUUGAUGCGCCAAAACAACAACAGAGCAUCCUGGGAUUUGUAGGAUAAGCGGUGAAUGUGGCAUUACAGCGCUGCCGCCGGGUAAUACCGGCGGGCCAGCUCUAAUAUUAAUUGGAAAUUGCCUCGCGAGCCAAAUAUAAUUACACUGCAGGCCAAAUUUGGCCCGCGGGCCAGAGUUUGACACCUAUGCUUUAAACACUUGAACUCUGCAGGUGACAUGAUUGCAAGUUCUCCCCGCCUGUAACUAUAUGUGUAACCUUCUCUUUCAUGUAACAAAUGUUUACAGGACCUUUCCAGAGAUCCUAUUUCCCAGCUGGCCAGUCAGCACUGUCCAUACACUGUCAUCUGGUGGGCCAUGUUCACAUUUUGGACGAUGGCGUCUUUCGAAGUGCAGAGAGCUAUAAGAAUGGAAUCCCUGUUUACCAGUGAUUUUUGGCU